UGAUAGAGAACCAAAACAGGAAGUAGAAUCUUAAGACGGAACUCCUUUAUUGUUUAGAGCCUGAUGCAUAGUUUGGACGAGCGUGAGAAUCAAGGCUGGAGCUGUUUCCGAUAUAAUUCGUAUUUCACAUCGUCCGCUUUAUCUGCUCAGUAAAGUCGACCAAAACAAGACAGCGACUGGAAGUGAAUGGAUUUCGCUUUAAAGCGGAUUCUUCUCCGCACUGGACGAGAGGGGGUGAUAUGAGGCUGAGGACGGACGCCACAGCUCUGCUUCUUUCAACCUGACAUUAUAUCCGCUGUAAAUCCACGUGUGCACGUCAUUGAAGACGCUGAAUGUGAAACAUUUACAACGGAAUUGCUGCGAGCUGUCGUUGUGGAGCAUGACUGACUUUAUACGAUGUUGUCGGUCUCGUUUUUCCCCCCUCGCAAUUGCGUGAGUAUGGAGCUCGUGUGGCGUCUGGAUAGCACAGCACUUCUUCCACCCGUUGGAGCCGGCAGGUAGCAGGUGGCGAGGCAUAUAGCCGGGCAGAUAGCGGGUGGACUCGGCGGCAUGCGGACAGACGUGGAGUACAGCCCGGUGGGAGAGGGGCUGGGGAUGCGGGACUUCUGGCUGUAUGCGUGGCUGCGGAGGGCGGCUGUUAUAGCGGCUCAUGUCACCUGUCUGGGCCUGACCCUCAUCAUCUCCCUGCUGUCCAGACCCGGAACCAGUCUGUUUUCUUGGCAUCCGGUGUUGAUGUCUGUUGCUUACUGCCUGUGUUUGACUGAGGGCAUCCUCCUCUUCUCAGCUGAAGGAUCCCCUUUCUGCUUCACAUCUCGUAAAUGUAAAAUCCGUCUCCACUGGUCCUGUCAAGCUCUGGUCCUGAUAAUCUCAGCUAGCGGGCUGGGCUUCAUGGUGGCCAGUAAGAACAUCUCAGAGCACCCCCACCUGAUCAGCUGGCACAGCCUGCUGGGCAUCUGCACCCUGGCAGCCACUGCUCUCCAAGCGUCUGUUGGUAUGUGUGUGAUCUUCCCAAAGCUGCUGCACCUCUCCUCCUCUCUACCCAAACUGAAGCUGUAUCAUGCCACCUGGGGCCUGGUGGUCUACCUGCUGGCCACAGUCACUGUGGUUUUGGCUAUGUUCUCAGACUGGUUCCAGGCCACUGUGAAAGGUUUGACCUGGUGGGCCUUCUUCCUGCUUCCCUUCUUCCCUGCCCUGGUGGUGAUGAACCAGAUCACUAGCGCCUACCUGCUCCGCAAGAAGAUCACCAGCUAGGAAGCACAAACGAAGAGUCCUUUACUUUUUUAACAAUUAACCACACUGGAUUCCCACAUUUAUGGAAGAAGGAGUCCUCAGUUCAAAGUAAAACAGCUAAAGGAAAAGGCUUGACACACUGGUAGUCCCAUAGCCAGUAGAAGAAUGAAACACCUGGGUGUCUCUUACAUCACAGGUCUCUGAAAGGAAGUGUUCCUUUCAGCAUCUCUCUCAUUACUAAGUAACUAGAGUGAGUAAUGCUCAUUAGUUAUAAGGGCAGGGUGUCUGAGAUCAAAUAUGCAUUGUUAAUCUGGGAUUUCUUUGUUCUCAGAUUAAGUUUCUGCAUUCAGAUGAAAGUGUGCAGUCAUUUUUCACCAGAUCAUGAACAGCAGCUCAAGCUUCUUCGGAGUGCUGAGGUCACGCAUUUACUCCAUCUGAGGAACAAUGAUAUAAUUAGUGGAAUUAAAUACACACAUUUUCAGGCAGAAGUUAUGACCUUAAGAAUGUGGAUGUUGUGUGCACACAGAUUUUCAGAUAUGCUACCCCUGAUACCUCCUGAACAGAAACUUAAAGCACUUCAACUCAAAGAAUAGAAUAGCAUUAUGCAAAAUAAAUGGGUAACAAUGUAAUUGUAUACACUUCACCCAGACGAAUAUUUGCACUACAAAUGCAUCGACAUGAAAAGUCUCAGACACUGUUGAGUGGUUUUCAGAAGGGCUACGUGCCACCUGCUGCGUUCCAAGCUUCAGCGAAGAAUCAGCUGUGGAUGAUUCUCUACCAGCCUGUAAAUGCUAUUGAUUGAUUGAUUUUGUGUGUCGUCUGUUUUGGCUGCUUGCAGGAGCUAAAUGAAGCAAUACAACAUGAAAGCUCCAUCAAUUAACACCUCUACUGUUUGAUUCAAUUUUAUGUGUCUCUAAUAGGAUAAUUGAAAUCCCUCUAUCUACUCACCACUCGCCGCUGGGGGGGGGUUGGGGUUGCUGAAGUGUUUGGGUCCAUAGAACACAUUUUGAGUCUCAGGUAAACUUUGUUGCAGCCGAAUCCAAUCCAAUUGUAUUUCAAUGUUGAGUCCUUCAGGUGUAAUAAAACAAGAUAAAAAACACAACAUGCCUCCAUACUGCUCCUGUGGUGUCAUACAAGUGUCUGUAAGCCUGACAUUCAUUUACUCCCAUGUAUUAAUCCUAAAUGUCCACUGAUAUUUUACCACAAGGUGCAUUCAGGGACCAUCAGAAAUCCUUAUGUCCUCUAGUUUAGCCACUUCUGGCUCGAGGAGUUAGAGGCAUGUUUUGUUUUUGUUUUAUUAAAUCACUAAGUGAAUAGAUAAUGAGGGAAUGUAAAUGUCUGGGUUAACUAUCCCUUUAAUAGUUAGUUGGCAGACACAGUUUAUAACUAUCUGGUGAAAAAAUAUGAAGGUGUAGCACUGAUGGAGAGCAGAGUACAACUUAAAGACUAGAAUGUCAUCAGUAGAGCACAUGCCUCCACCAAGGCUGAACAAUCCUACACAUGCUUUCUAGUCCUUAAAGUUUUAGUAGUAUAAAAGAAAAAUAAGUCAUUGGAUAAUCAAAUUAUGACAUAAAUUGUGAAUAAGACUUUUAUUUGGAUCCACACCAAAUUGCAUCAGCCAAUAAUUAUCAGCCCAAUAAUAAUAAAUAUGUCUGUUUUUUAAAAUCAAGAUUUGUGUAUUAUUCCUAGAACAAAUAACAAAAAUGUAGAAAGAUUCCCAAGGUUGCUAUGUUAACAGUGAAAAUUAAUUCCUGGAUCUGCCCUUAAUCAGCCACCAAUUGUGCAAGUUCUCCCACUUAAAAAGAUGACAGAUGCCCGUAAUUUCCAUCAUAGGUACACUUUAACUAUGAGAGAAAGAAUGCGGGGAAAGAUUUCAGAUUUUGAUUGUCAAUAAAUUUGCACAAAUUUCUGUAACGUUUCACUUUGUGACUCUGGGUAUAUUGACUUAAGAUCGAUGGGCAAAAUUAGAUUCAUCAUUUUCCAGAUAGAUCUACACACAAUUGAAGGGGUCUGAAUUUUUUCUGAAGAGCCACUGUUAUAGCUACAUAUACACAUUUCUGAAAGUUUAUAUUUUAAAUCAAGUUAUUUUUUCAUCUGAUUGCCAUUUUUACAUGUUCACAUGUACCGAGGACAUUUAGGCUGAAAAAAUGGUGUAAAUGACACUGUUUGAGUCGUUUGUGAAUAUCGGGGCUUAAGAUCACUUGGAUGACACUGCAGGAGCAGAGUUUUCUCCCCGUUUUACGUUUGAAGAAGUGAUCACGAUUUACUUCAGGUGUAUUGGAUUUGGCUGCAACGCUGUUUACACCUGAAACUCCAGAAGUGGUAUGUGAACACUUCAACCACCCCUCCAUCGGCAUAGUGGUGAGUAGAUGAAUGGAUUUUUAUUAAUGGGUGAACUAACGGUAACGGUACACAAAAAUGACGGUUCGGUACGAUCCUCUGUACAGUUUUGGUACAGUAGACUUAAACUACUUUUGAUUAAA